AUGUAUGCCGCAUCAACCAAGCUGUCUGAAUUAUGUUCCACAUCCACUGCAUCCACAUUGACGUUAUGUAAUAGAUAUAAUCAUAUUAUGCAAAUAACCUACAAGACUAAUCUGGACCUCGCCAUAUCGUCUACCAUAAGGCCAAAAGAACUGACACAUCAUGACAGAGGUAACAUUUUCGUAACUGCAGCUGUUGCUGUGAAGGAAAUAUAA